CUGAUACCUAUCGAAAAAGCUCUGCAGGUUCAGUUCAAAAAAAAAAAAAAAGGAUGGAUUCAGGUUCAGUUCAAUUAUAAACGGAAAUUUUGAUGAUGGAUUCCCUUUAUCGUAUUGAAUUCGUAUAAACCAGCACUAUUUGCAGCCCUACAUGAAGCUAAGCUCUGAAUUCUGAUACCUAUCGAAAAAGCUCUGAAUUCUGAUAUGCUGUCUGGGUUGUCCGAUCCAUCUAGGCUGGGAAUAUUCGUCACCACGUAAAGCAGUGCCUGAAGUGGCAUCCUCAUCCGAACUCCGAAGUUCAACCUAUUUUUUUUUUUCUUUUUUCUGAGAAAAGAAAACCUCAUUUCCAAAAGUGGCAAUCUUAUCCGAAGCUACAGAAGAGUAUACACAGCGGACUACUCUCCUCUGUUUCUGUUACUGCUUUCAGCUACGGUAACGGUGGUCGUGAAUAGUACAGGAACAAAGAUGAAGAUCAUGGUCGCUGUAAAGAGAGUCGUCGACUACGCCGUUAAGAUCAGAGUCAAACCCGACAAGAGCGGUGUGGAGACCAGCAACGUGAAGAUGUCGAUGAACCCGUUCUGCGAGAUUGCUCUUGAGGAAGCUCUACGCAUCAAGGAAGCAGGAUUGGCGUCGGAAGUGAUUGCCGUCAGCAUGGGCCCCGCCCAGUGCGUCGACACCCUUAGGACUGGACUCGCCAUGGGCGCUGAUAGGGCCAUCCACGUCGAUUCUCCGGCUACUCUUUAUCCCCUCUCCGUCGCCAAGCUCCUAAAAGCCCUUGUGGAUGUCGAGAAACCUGGCCUCCUCAUCCUCGGUAAACAGGCUAUUGAUGAUGACUGCAAUCAAACGGGGCAAAUGGUUGCGGGGCUGCUCAAGUGGCCUCAGGGAACAUUCGCUUCAAAAGUUGUACUGGAUAAAGAGAAGCAGGUAGCAACUGUGGAAAGGGAGGUGGAUGGUGGUCUUGAGACUCUGUGUUUAGACCUACCGGCUGUAAUCACAACGGAUUUGAGACUAAACCAACCGAGAUAUGCGACGCUCCCCAACAUAAUGAAAGCAAAGUCAAAGGUUAUUAAGAAGGUUACUUCCAAGGAGCUGAAUGUGGAAAUUAAGUCUGAUUUGGAGGUAGUUGAAGUUCAUGAGCCCCCUAAGAGGAAAGCAGGGGUGAUGGUUUCCUCUGUGGAUGAACUCAUUGACAAGCUUAAAAAUGAAGCUCAUGUCAUCUAAUCAUUGUUUUUAUUCCAAAUGUAUCUAAUCCAUCCGUUAACAUCUCAAAUGAUAAUCGUUCAGCCAUUGCUUUUUGUUUUCAUUUUGCAUUUGCUUGUCCGAUUAAAGAUACUACUGCAAGACAUAUAUCUACAUACAUCUGCUUCUUGUAUGCAUGUGUUUUGGAUACA